AUGGCCAAGACGUCGGCGACGUCCACCGCCCCAAAUGAUGCCCCGGCGUCGUCCCCGGCCGCGGGGGGCGACGGGUGGACGCAGCGGGUCCUGACGCUGAACCCGAAGCGGCGCGGGAUCUUCAUCUGGACCGACGCACUGCGCAAGAACGUGCCGGAGAUCGCCUCGUGCAAGGCGGGAGUCCUCAACCUCUUCCUCCGGUCCACCACCGCGGCGCUCUCCGUCAACGAGAACGCCGAUCCGGACGUGAGGACCGACCUCGAGAACGCGCUCGACAGGGUCGUCCCGGGCACCGACGUCCUCGACGCGACCGCGCGCAGCGCCUUCGUCGGAGUCUCCUUGGACGUGCCCGUGCAGGGCGGCAAGCUCGCCCUCGGCACGUGGCAGGGGCUCUACCUGUGCGAGUGGGCCGACGGCGCCGAACCGUGCCAAGUCGUCGCCACCCUCGUCGACGCAUCCGACGACGUUCGAUGCACCCGCAACGUCACCGUCCGAGCCCCGCGGCGCGGAUGCCACCUGGUCCAGGACGAGGUGGACGACGCGUUCAAACCCGCGAGGGAUCGAACGUUCAAACCGGAUCGCACUAACAAACCCGGACUCGCCAACCUGCUCAUCAGGCACACGUCCGCGUCGCUGACGUUGAACGAAAACGCGGAUCCGACGGCGCGGGGCGAUUUAGAGAAUGCGCUGAACCGAAUCGUGCCUGAGGAGUGGCACAGCACCUUGUUCUCGCACGUCGAGGAGGGCCCGGACGACAUGACCGCGCACGUCAAGUCCACCCUCCUCGGGUGCUCGUUGACGGUGCCGGUGGACGCGCACGGCGCGAUGAAGACGGGGACGUGGCAGGGGGUGUACCUGUGCGAGCACAGAAACGUGGGCGGGAUGGGCGUCGGACACGCGAGGGAGGUGGCGACUACCCUGAUUGACGGCGCGGGCGUCGCAAACACCGCGGGGCAGACGACGGUGACGCUCACCGCGCCCGGCAGGGGAUGCCACGACGUCACCGCCGAGAUCGCCGCCGCCGCGAAAGCCAUCGGCGUCGGAUCAAACGUGCGCACGGGGUGGCUCAACGUUUUCGUGCAGCACACCAGCGCGUCGCUCGCGGUGUGCGAUUCGACCUUGGCGGGGGCGGGCGAUAGGCUGGAGCGCGCGCUGAACGAGACGGUGCCGGAAUCAUGGAACGACGAGUUCUUCGUUCACACGUACGAGGGACCGGACGACAUGCCCGGGCACGUCAAGGCGUCCAUCGUCGGUUGCUCCGUCACCGUGCCAAUCGUGGAUGGCGAGUUGGGUCUGGGCAAAGCGCAGGGUUUGUUUCUGUGCGAGCAUCGCGACGCGGGUGGGUACGGGUGCAACCUCAACCGCAAGGUGGUGCUGACGCUUCAGGGCGUCGACAAGUGA